CGGGACCCCCAAUGUCCUUCGAGGAGGUAGCCGUGUUCUUCUCAGAGGAGGAAUGGGCUCUGCUGGAUCGUGCCCAGAGAACUCUGUACUGGGAAGUCAUGCAGGAGAAUUGCGAGACGGCGGCCUCUCUGGGACUUUGGGUUCCUGGACCAUUUCUUGACGCACAACACCAUCCAAGGGAAAUGAGGUUCCUCCAGAUGUGUGAGGCAUCAGGAGGGUGUGCAGGUGUCCCCUCGUCAGUAGGAGAUAUAUCAGAGACUGAGGGACAGGAGCAACCGGGAGAGGUGUCUUCAGAAAGAGACGAGGAUCUGGAGGUGGACCCUUGGGAUCGAGAUGGACCUCCGAGGCCGCUGAAAAGAAAAAGGGAAGGAAAACAGAAGCAGAGGAAGGAAUUGGUUGCCUGUCAGGGCAGAAACGCAUUUGCGAUCCCAGCCCAAGGCAAAAUACAAAAAGAAAAUGGAAGGAAUAAGCACUCCCUGAAAGGGGUAAGGUUCACCUCUGUAUCCAGUGUUAAGAAAGAUCAGAAGAUCCAAACAAGCAAGAAAACAUAUGGCUGCUUGGUGUGUGGGAAGAGCUUUAGACGGAAGGAUACCCUUACUCUACAUCAAAGGAUUCACACAGGGGAGAAGCCCUAUAAAUGCUUGGAAUGUGGAAGGACCUUCUAUCACAGUAGCCAUUUCACUGACCAUCAAAGGAUUCACACAGGAGAGAAGCCGUACAAAUGCCCGGAGUGUGGAAAGAGCUUCAGUCGGAAGGACAACCUUGCUAUGCAUCAGAAAGUUCACAUAGCAGACAAGCCAUAUAAAUGUUUGGAGUGUGGAAACAGCUUCAGCUGGAAGUGUAGCCUUACUUUACAUCAGAGGAUUCAUACAGGGGAGAAGCCGUAUAAAUGCUUGGAGUGUGGAAAGACUGUCUCUCACAGUGGCGACUUCACUAAACAUCAGAGAAUUCACACAGGGGAGAAGCCAUAUAAAUGCUCACAGUGUGGAAAGAAGUUCUCUCAGAGGAGCAACCUCACUAACCAUCAACAGAUUCACACAGGAGAGAAGCGCUAUAAGUGUUCGGAGUGUGGGAAGAGCUUCAGACAGAGAUGCCACCUUACUUCACAUCAGCUCAUUCACACUGGGGAGAAGCCAUUUCAAUGCUCAGAUUGUAGCAAGAGCUUUUCUGAUACAUCAGAACUUACUAAACAUCAGAGGGUUCAUACUGGGGAGAAGCCCUAUAAAUGCUUGGAGUGUGGGAAGAGCUUCAGACGGAGUGGCCACCUUAUUUCUCACCAACAGGUUCACAUUGGUGAGAAGUCAUUUAAUUGCUCAGAUUGUAGCAAGAGCUUUUCUUAUCAAUCAAGCCUUAAUAAACAUAAGAGGAUUCACGCAGGGGAGAAACCAUUUAAAUGUUCAGAUUGUAGCAAGAACUUUUCUACUAAAGCAGACCUUACUAAACAUCAGUGGUUUAGGGAGAAGCCCUAUAAAUGCUUGAAGUGUGGGAAGAUGAGCUUACUUCACAUUGUCGGGUUCACUCUGGGGAGAAGCCAUUUAAAUGCUCAUAUUGUAGCAAGAGCUUUUAUCAAUGCAAGAGGAUUCACACAGAGGAGAAACUGUAAAAAUGUUUGGAGUGUGGUAAAAGUUUCAGUCCCAGCGCAAGGUUUACUCGUCACCAAAGAAGUCACACUAGAGGGAAAAUUUCCCAUCUAA